GCUGCGGAAGUGCGGAGAGCUGGAGCCCCGAGUUCACGUUCAAGAUGCCCCGAGUCGGGGACUCGCUCACAUUGGCUGUGUACGGAGACCUAGGCACCGUCAACGCCCAGUCGCUUCCAGCGCUUAAGAGCGAAACCCAGGGCGGUCAACUCGAUGCCGUGCUCCACUUGGGUGACUUCGCUUAUGACCUGGAUUCCAACGACGGGUACGUCGGAGAUGCAUUCAUGCGUCAAAUCGAACCCAUCUCUGCCUAUGUGCCCUAUAUGACUGCUGUUGGAAAUCACGAAAGGAAAUACAACUACUCCCACUACGCCAGCCGUUUCACGAUGUUGCAGCAAUCUGGAAAAAUCAACAAUUUCUUUUACAGCUUCAACCUUGGUCCUGCCCACAUAAUUAGCUUCGCAAGCGACUACUACCUGCGAAAGAGCACACAUGCUCAAGUCCGCAAUCAGUUCCAUUGGCUGGAGGCAGAUUUGCAGGAGGCAAAUCUUCCUGAGAACCGCAACAUGAGACCGUGGAUUAUCACCAUAAGCCAUCAUCCAAUGUAUUGCAGUAACAAAGGAGAGAGGGACUGCAAUUUAAUCGACAGUUUGGUCCGCACGGGCCUAGGAAGCAAAAAGAAGUACGCCUUGGAGAAAUUGUUUCGCAAGUACGGCGUGGAUCUCCAGUUCACGGGUCACCAGCACUCAUAUGAACGCACAUGGCCCAUCUUUAACUACACGGUGUACGACAACGACUGUUUGGAAUGGUACCACAAUCCCGAGGCGCCAGUGCACAUUGUGUCCGGUGCCGCAGGAAACGAUGAGAAGCUGAAAAAAUUCCCUUCGUACCAGCCUCCAUGGAGUGCCGUAAGGAUGGCGGAAUACGGAUUCUGCAAGCUCAGGCUGUUGAACCGAACGCACCUAAACCUGGAGUACAUCACAACAUCUCAGGCUCCUGAGGUCGUGGACCACUUGACGAUUGAGAAGGACGACCCUUACCCAUGUUUCUCCAAGUAUAGAAUGAAGGAAAGUUCUUGAAUGGACACCGUCAGCAGGGCUUACACUUAACGAAGUUCAAUCACAGUGAAAUAGAUAUAUCGAUAGUCAACGAGUAAAUAUAGCCGCAUCCUUGGGAUGUUUUUGUUUUUUUAUAAAUAAUUCUUCAAUUAUAGGGCAUUUUACAGAAUAAAAA